AUGUUGAAGAAUAACUCGGAUUUCGUGAAUUUGAAUCUCAGUUCAUUCAUCGAAAAGAUAGAAGCUCAUGAGUUGGAGUUGUUGAAGAUCAAGAGGAUGAAUUCAGCAAAUGUACAACAAAACGUAUCUCUUUACUACAAAGGAAGCACUCCUGUUGCAACAAACCAGAGUCCGAAGAUACAAACGGGUUUUAGUGCUGAUACAAAUUCAAGUGCUUCUACAAACACUCCACAAUCAAACAAGCCCUCACCGUUCGUAAACUAUGAGCCAAACUUUAAAGCUCAAGAGCAGACAUCACCUCAAAGCUCUACAAGUUCCAACAAUCAGGCUUAUGUUUCUGGGGUGCAAUGCAACAUUGCGGUGAAUAUUAAAAAUGGAAAUGAAAUUACUGAAACAGCCGCGAAACAACACAUUGAAUUACUUGCUUCCGUUUUAGAGGCUUUGGUUAGAAGGGCAGAGCGCUUUAUGGAGAUCACAAGCAGAAACAGUCUCUCUGGUCCUGAUCAGAAGCUAGGUUUCAACAAAUCAAAAGUUACCUACUUCAAGUGCAAAGAACGUGGCCAUUUCAAGAGAGAAUGCCUGAACCGAGAAGUGAACAACCAUCAGAACCCGUUCACGAAUGAUUAUUACAGGCAGGCGAUCUAUCAUCGGCCUAACCAACAACCUGCUGUUCAGAGACCGCAAAUCGAGAACAAACCGGAGAAGGCUCUUAUCGUGAAUCAGGAUGAUGAAAAAGCCAUGAUGGCAGAAAUAGUUGAAGAACCGGAGAUGGUGACUGAACCUGAAAUGAUUGUUGAAGAUGUUACAGUGGUUGUUGAAGCUGUUCCUGUUGAGAAUGUGGUUGACAUUGAAGAAAUCGCUGCAGAAGUUUACUAUUACCAAUCAGAACAGGAGGAUUUUUUGAAGAACCGACAACUAGAUCGUGUCCAAGAUACGAAGAAAAGAAAGAAACAGUUGAGGAAGAGGAAGAGACAGGAGAAGGAUGAUGUUGCGUACAUUCCAUCUCCUGAGCAUGUAUCUGAAUCUCAAUCACCUUCAAGUGGUAGAAAGAAAGCAGGAGCAAGAAAGAGGAUUGUGUCUCCGAAGAUAAAGAAAGUUACUCCGAAGAUCACAAAGCCAAAGAUUGUUCUGAAGAAGAAACCAUCCAAACAACCAAGUAAACCCCCAAAACCACCACCUGAACCUACACCACAACAAUCACCAAUACAAUCACCACCGCAUCAAACACCUCCACGACAACCAACACCUCCAAGACAACCUUCACCACCAAAACAACUAACACCACCUCGACAACCAUCACCAUUACAUCUUUCACCGUUACAUAUCUCACCAACUCAUGAACAACCUUUGCUUACAUCCCAAGAAAUCUUCAAAACACCACCACCCACUCAAAUUCAACUAACUCCUGGUUCUUCUGGCCACAAGGGUCUUCCUAUUCCUCCAGAUAAUCUUGAAGAUAUUGGAGACUUUGGUUUUGCGAAUGAUGAACAGGUGAAAAAGUUAGAGAAGAAAAUGGAUGAUGUUUUGAAUGAAAACAAAAUAGUUGCAGCCCAAAGCAAGAAAGUGGCUGAUCGUGAAAAGAUUCUCGAAAUGCGUGUAAAAAGAUUAGAGUCUGACAGCAAGGCAUUACUGAAGAAGAUUGAUACAAAUCAGACAGAGAUUGAUUUCUUGAAAGUAAGAGUGGCUGAAUUAGAAGAAGAAAAGGCUCGUAGAGAUGAGCAGAACAAAUAUUUUGAGAUGAAAAACAAAGAGCUUGAAGCUGCGAAAGCAUUGAAAGAACAUGAGUUUGACAUGUUAGACAAAGUUGUUGAAAACAUGCUUGGAAAGUCGAUAGAAGAAAAAUUCGAGGAGAUUGAAGUUGAAGAACUUAGGGCUAAACGCCAAGCUGAGAUUGACGCACAAAUGAAAGAUAAGGGAAAAGUUGUUGAGAAUCCUGUUCCGAUAUCUUCUAUCUCUGGUGUUUUUGAAGAAGAUGUAUCUCUUGAAGAUCUUGCUGGUGAUGAUGAUGAGGAUAAUGAUGAUGAGGAUGAUGAUGAAGGGGGUGAUGACGAGGAAGAUGAUGAUGAUGAAAAAGUCUUCUCUGCUAGCAGUCAUGGUUCUGAUGAUGACAAUGACGACGAUGAUAAUCAGCGUGGUAUGGGAAUCAAAGUGACUGAACCGUCAAGUGAAAGAACUGUUGAUGAUUAUUUGAAUGACAGUGUGAAUGAAGAAACAGAGGGAGCUAAAGGAAAGGGGGAGCAUGGUGUGACAACCCGUAUUCUAGAACUUUUCUUUGUGCUUUGA